UCUCAGGAAUUGGACUGCCUGGGGUGCGAAGGGCAGCGCGAACCCAUGUGGCAGGUAGCAAUGCAGACGCCCAGGAGGGCUCUGUGCUUGGGAGUGUAUCUGUGGGGUCUCUUCCUCCACUUGUUAUCUCAGGGGUUUGGGGCUCCUCUGCUUUGCCUCCUCAUGCUUCUCCGAGUGCUCUCUCUGUGUGCACAGAGCGGGGCCCAGGUUGUGUUUACAGCUGCUCGUUCUGUGGCCCUUAGGGCCCAGGUCUGGAGCGUAUAUGUCUUCCUUCAGGGGGGUGCCUGGUUUGCCCAGCUGGCAGGGAGCUGGCUGACCCUGCCCAUACGGCUCUUUGGUGCCAUGCUGGAGCCUCUGACACAUAUGUCCGUAAUCCUACUGUGUGAGCAGGCUGCUAGGUGGUUGGUACAGGCAGGCACGUGGGCAACCAGGAGCCUGGCGCAGGUCUGGGGCAUGGCGACGUUUGUCAAGCUGUGCACCCACUCGGUCUUCAUUGGUACGUGCCUAUGGGUUCACCUCUGCCUUUCUACCAUCAGCUCCAAGGUCCAUGUGAGAGUGCACAUGCCCUUCUGUCUCUCACUGCCUGUGAGAGUCCAUGCACCCCUGAACCUGGGCAUCAGAAUGAGGCUACAGGGUGGGAGGCCCGGGAGUACAGAGGUGGGGGGAGGAAGCCCUCAGGGGGAGACUCGGGUCGAACAGGAGCCCCGCAGGACCGGGAACCUCAGGCCUACAAGGAGAAGGCGGAUGUCACGGAACAGGAGUGAGCCCAGACCAGGUAGGUAAGUGAAGGGACCUGUCCUCAGCCUUGGGGACAGUGACUCCUCUCUCUGGUCAGCAGGCUAGGCUUAGAGCUGUUUUGCUUCUCAUCCUAGUCAGUUCCCUGGAGCUGCCCCUGUCUUUCCUUCUGGGGAGUUGGUGGUCCCUGGGGAAGAUCCAGGCAGAAAGACACAGGCAGCUUCUCGGUUUUUUUUGCUGUUUCUCCAAAGACAAUAUGGCUGCUCAAGGCAGCACUAGGCCGGGGCUUCUCCACACCACCCGCCUCUCUGUGCACAUCUGCCUCCCUAUUUGUGUGCCCUUGGCCUUUGGAGCAGCCUCUCACUGCUUCCUUUCCUGUUUACGCUUUCUGGUGGGGUCUGUUUCUCUUCCAAUUUCUCAGGUUGUUCACCCCUCAAGACCACCUCGAGGGCUGCGGUUUAUUUACUCUUGGAUUUUCCCCACUGAGCCUUCCAUCAGUAUCCUACAACCCCUGAGCCCGAAUUUCCCAAGUGUGCUGUGUUCUGCUGACCUCUUGCUCUCC